AUGGGUGGUCUCAUUGGAGGAACAGGUCCCACGGGCAUCACCCCAGGAGGAGGGGCUGCUACUGGCAUCAUGGCGGUAUCUCCCAUGUUGGGUGCUUUCAUCAUACCAGAGUGUGGAGGACCCCGGGGACUGGAGCCAGAAUUCACACUGGAGCUGUCGUCCUGCGUACCAUCUUCCAUUAAAGAGAGAGAGGGCUGCUUGGCAUUCUUCUUCCGACUGGUACUGAACAUACACAUUGCCCCGCAGAUGAGGUUCCAGGUUGCAGCUGACUUUGAACUGAAUCACCUUUCCCACGUUCUUGAACUCCGGCAGCACGUCAUGGUAGAAAUCCAAGAACUGCUGUCUAUUGCAUCUGCAGACAUGGAUUUCAACCAGUUAGAGGCAUUCCUGACUGCUCAAACCAAAAAGCAAGGUGGCAUCACCAGUGAACAAGCUGCAGUCAUCUCCAAGUUUUGGAAGAGCCAGAAGAUAAAAAUCCGAGAGAGCCUCAUGAAGCAGAGCCGCUGGGACAACGGCCUUCGGGGCCUGAGCUGGAGAGUCGAUGGCAAGUCUCAGUCCCGGCACUCAACUCAGAUACACAGCCCUGUUGCCGUAAUAGAGCUGGAAUUUGGAAAAAAUGGACAGGAAUCUGAAUUUUUGUGUCUGGAAUUUGAUGAAGUUAAAGUCAAGCAAAUCCUGAAGAAGCUGUCAGAGGUAGAAGAGAGUAUCAACAGGCUGAUGCAGGCAGCCUAACUGAAGGAUGGAGGAAG